CUUUCAUAAACACUGUUGCCAAAAUUGAGCGUUCCACACCCUAUAAACCAGAAAUUCACGAUAGACAUACCCAAUGGCGACUGUUACCACCAUUAACUUCUCGUCCCUAUCUAGAAUCUCAGCCAAUUGUUAAUCCAAAAGAGUAAACAAGAGUUCUUUAUGCCGAGCCCCAACGCCCACCAAACCGACAAAACCACAAGCAUUAAAUUUCAGGGGUCUGUUUGGACACGUUCUGUAUUUUCGUCUACUCCAGCUUUCAUAAACACUGUUGCCAAAAUUGAGCGUUCCACACCCUAUAAAUGAGCGUUCUACACCCUAUAAACCAGAAAUUCAAGAUAGAUAUACCCAAUGGCGACUGUUACUACCAUUAACUUCUCCUCCGUAUUUCUUCCGAGUCAACCGGUCGUUACUUCCAGGAGAUGUUUCUUCAAAACCAGUUCAUUACCCAGCUUUAAACGCGGUUUUGUUGCAAAAGUCCGUGCUUCUUCAACAACCUUUGUUGAAACUAAACCAUCGGAAACAAUUGUUGUCGAAAACGAUGUUAGCCCAAACAAGACAAUAUUAUCUUGCCCCAUAUGUUAUAAGCCCGUGACCUGGAUUGGAGAUUCGUUUUUGUCUGUGGGAUCUAUAGCUAGCACUAGUUUGCAAUGUAACACUUGUAAGAAGACUUACCGUGGGAAGGAAGCAUAUUUUGAUUUAACAGCAGCUAGUGGUGCUAAAGAUUACGGUGAAUCCAUGCCUUUAUCAACUGAAGUUUUUAGGACUCCUUUAGUAUCAUUUCUCUAUGAGAGGGGUUGGCGUCAAAAUUUUAUAUGGGGUGGUUUCCCAGGCCCAGAGAAGGAGUUUGAAUUGAUGAAAGAUUACCUAAAGCCUGUUUUAGGUGGAAAUAUCAUUGAUGCUAGUUGUGGUAGUGGGAUGUUCUCACGACUCUUUGCUAAGAGUGGGUUGUUUUCUCUUGUUGUCGCCCUGGACUACUCAGAGAACAUGCUGCAGCAAUGUUAUGACUUCAUCAAGAAGGAAGAGAGCUUUCCUGAAGAGAACUAUGUCCUGGUUAGAGCUGAUAUCUCUAGACUACCUUUUGCAAGUAGUUCAGUGGAUGCAGUGCAUGCUGGUGCUGCUAUACACUGUUGGCCUUCACCAUCAACAGCUGUAGCUGAAAUAAGUCGUGUUUUGCGACCUGGGGGAGUGUUUGUGGCCUCCACAUUCAUACUUGAUGGACCUUAUAAUUUCAUUCCAUUUUUAAGGCUUUAUCGCCAGAGCAUGAUGCAAAUAUCAGGCACCUAUCUUUUCCUAGCUGAACGUGAACUAGAAGAUCUCUGCAAAGCUUGUGGCCUGGUUGGUUUUACAUGUAUAAGAAAUGGACGUUUUGUGAUGUUUACUGCUAGCAAACCCAAGUAACCCUUUAGUACCCACAAUGGCAAAAAUCUCCCUUCUGUUGGCUAAAACCCUAGUGAUCUGCAAAGUGAAAAGUCAAAAUAUAUGUGUGGCUGCUUGUUGAAAUGGAUAUGUUUAUUCAGUAUAUAGGAAUAUGAUGGGGGAGAUCUGUAAUUAUGAAUUUCAUUACAUGCCUGUGAGCCUGCAAUUUCUUUUGUUACUCUCUAUUUACAUUUCAUGUAAGGAUGAUCUAUUCAAGUAUUGAAAAAGUAUUGUUGUUCCUGAUGUCA